AUGAUUUCUUCCACAACAUGGGUGCCGCGUGGCUUCCCGUCCGAGUUUCCGGAGAAGUACGAACUCGAUGACGAGGAAAUGGAAAGAAUCAACCAACUUGCACAACUCAACUUGGAAGACGCUAAGGAAGCAGAAGAGGAAGAAGAGGACGAUGAAGCUAGCGAAAAGCAUCAUGACGAAAUGCAGAAUACGGGAAAAAAUGCCCAAAAAUUGGCCGCUCAAGCAGACGCAGACGACGAUUUGAAAGAGUAUGACCUAGAACAAUACAACGACGAACAGGAUUUGGGCGAAGGAACAGAAGCGACCAUGUUUCCCGGUCUAUCCGAUGAGGUGAAAUACCAUGAGGGUGAAAAUGGAGAAGACGCAUAUAUGUCGCUGCCCACUGAAGAAGACACCCACGAGGCGAAAGAAGAGCUUCAGGUAUACCCCACCGAUAAUAUGGUUUUGGCUACUAGAACAGAGGACGACAUCUCGUAUUUGGACGUCUAUGUUUACGACGACGGUGCCGGGUUCCACGAUCCAGAAAUCGUUCAGGAAGCCGGCGACAACAAUGACCCUGAUGUAGCGCGUGGCAUGGUCCGUGAUAGCGCUUUAUAUGUCCACCACGAUCUCAUGUUGCCUGCCUUUCCAUUAUGUGUGGAAUGGCUGAAUUACAAACCGGGUUCUCAAUCCGAAGACCCUGCAAAUUUCGCUGCUGUGGGUAGUUUCGACCCUCAAAUCGAGAUUUGGAACUUGGACUGCGUGGAAAAAGCAUUCCCGGACAUGAUAUUGGGCGACCCUCACGCUUCUGGCGCUGUUGGCGGAAGCAAGAGUAAAAAGAACAAAAAAACCAAAAACAAGCAUGUCACAACUCAUCAUACAGAUGCUGUAUUGUCGUUGGCACACAGCAAGCAUUUCCGCUCCGUAUUGGCGUCCUCGUCCGCGGACAAGACUGUCAAACUGUGGGACUUGAACGAAGGGAUUGCUGCCCGGUCCAUUGCCUCGCUGCAUUCGAAUAAGAAUGUUUCUGCAAUCCAAUGGCAUAGCACGGCUGGCUCAGUCUUGUUGUCUGGUGGUUAUGACUCUCGUGCUGCUCUAUCGGACGUGAGAAUUGAGGACAGCUCAAAGAUGAGCAAAUACUGGUCUGUCAUGUCUGGGGAAGAAAUCGAGUGUGUUCAAUUCGCGGACGAAAACACUUUCAUGUGCGGAACAGACUCUGGUAACGUCUACUCGUUUGACAUCAGACAAGGUGAGAACAGCUCUCCUCUAUGGACCUUGAAUGCUCAUGAUGCCGGAAUUUCCACCCUCAACGUCAAUCCCUACAUUCCUAAUUUGUUGGCCACGGGUGCCAUGGGAGAGAAGACCGUCAAGCUUUGGAAAUGUGGCGAGUCAGGCCCCAGCAUGGUUCUCUCCAGAGACUUCGGUGUCGGAAAUGUGCUGUCCACAUCUUUCGCACCGGAUAUCGAGGUUGCCGGUAACAUUGUCAUCGGUGGUGUUUCUAAAGGAUUGAAGCUAUGGGACGUUUUCACCAAUAGGGCCAUUCGUAAAAACUUCGGCAAGGAAUUGGCCACUGUCCAAAAACAGGCCAGGCAAGAGGCUCAAGAAGCAGGAAAAGCUUCUAGAAUCGCUAGAAAGUAUACCAAAAACGACAACCCGGAUACUGUGGUUACUGUUGACGACCAGGGCGAAGACGAAGAGGAGGAAGAGGGUCGCGAAGGACAAGACGAUUGGCAAGACACCGAUUGA